ACAAACCUAAACCCUCCAAAUUUUCUUUUCUUCACCUUUUUUAUUCCUCUCUUCUCUCUCUCUUACUCUCUCUCCUUAGUUCUGAUCUGUUCUCGCGCUCUUUAACGAGCAUCUUCUGGCUCGUGGAAAGAUGUCGCGCAGCUGCUCGCAGUGUGGAAACAACGGCCACAACUCUCGCACCUGCCCGACGGAGAUAUCCGCCGCCGCCGGCGAAGACGGCGGAGGAGGAGGAGGAGAGAAUAAAGGCAUCAUGCUUUUCGGCGUCCGCGUAACGGAGGCUUCAUCGUCUUCCUUCAGGAAAAGCGUAAGCAUGAACAAUCUAUCUCAAUUCGAUCACGCCGCUCACGACUCAAACCCCGUCGAUGACGGUGGCUACGCCUCAGACGACGUCGUUCACGCCUCCUCCGUCAGAAACCGCGAACGCAAGCGAGGGACUCCAUGGACGGAGGAUGAGCAUAGAUUGUUCCUCACGGGGCUGCAUAAAGUCGGAAAAGGAGAUUGGAGAGGAAUCUCUAGAAACUUCGUCAAAACUCGUACACCGACUCAGGUCGCGAGUCAUGCUCAGAAGUAUUUCCUCCGCCGUACAAACCAGAAUCGCCGCCGUCGUAGAUCCAGCCUCUUUGACAUCACUCCCGAUUCGUUCAUAGGAACUUCAACAGAAGAGAAGAACCAAUCGCAGACGCCAUUGGAGAGGAUGAAACAUAUCCGUCCGGUUCCUAUUCCGAUUCCGAUUCCUCCAUCGCGGAAAAUGGCUGAUCUGAAUCUCAAUCAGAAAACAUCGGCGCCGGCGGCGGCGGAGAUGUUCCCGUUGUCGCUGAAUUUACAAGUGAAGACUACGUCCUCUUCUUCAUCUUCCAAUGAACAGAAGACACGUGGCUCGGCCUUCGAUACGAUGUCGAAUAACGGGGAUAGUAUAAUGGGAAUGGCUUGAUGAAGAUGAAAACGCCUUUAAUUUAAAAACAAAUCGUUUGAUUAUUAUAAGACAUAAGAUCUGCUGAUUUAAUGUGAGAUUGGAGAAAAUUAAACAUUAGGCUAAUUAGAUACUUUGAUUAGACUCGGGUAAGUUUUAAUUAGUGUGUACAGUUUUUUUUUUUUUUUGGGGAAGGGAGAAGGAAACGACUUGUCGUUUUUGUUGUUGUACGAUGAUAUCAAAUGAUGCGGUAAAACAACAGGUAGUGUGAGUGUCUGUGUGUUGUUUUGGUCAAAAGACUUUUGUCUUUUCAUCAAAGUGUAGUUUGUGUUAGACUACUUCAAAGAAACUUGCCUGUUGGUUUUGGAUGCUUAAAAUUAUAUGGAAUUUUAAUUAUUGUUCCUUGAAAA